AUGAACAUAUUCAGCCUUUUAUUUUUGUCUAUUUUAUUUAUUAAAGUAGCGCAUGUAUGCGGCAUUUCGACAAAUGAGGUACUAAGAGACAAAAGAAUUGAAUUCAGAAAUAGUGCUAAAUUUGUUAUUAAUGAAUCAAACUUAGUCGAUAAAAAUGAAAAGUUAGUGGGUACUUCACUGAGAACAUACAAAUAUUAUUUGGUAAAAGGAACAACUGAGAUUAGAGCUAUUUUUAUUUUUGAUGAUUUAAAUAUGAACAAAGCUAAAGUAUUAGGAAUACAUAAUGAACAACAUGAAAUAGAUAUAUUAAAUGUACAAAAUAAUAUGAACAAGUUGUACCCAUUGGACGAAAUUAGUACAUUUAGUGAUGUUAUAUAUAAAGAGAGAAAAACAUUUUCAUUAGAAACUAGUUAUUCAACUACAAGUUAUGUGUUAACGAAAUUUGUGUUUAAUAUAAAUAUUGAGGAAGAAAAUGAUGAGAAUGUCAUGUCUCUCUUAGUAGACAAUGAACUAAAUAUGAAAAAAAAAAAUUUGCAAAUAAAGAUAAAAAAUGAUAAACAAGAAGGGAAUAAUAAUAGUAAUAAUAAUAAUAACAAUAGUAGUAACGGUAUAUACAGAGAUUCGAACUCGAUAAAUUUAUACCAAAAAAGACAUCCACAAGUUUUUACACAAUUUAUUGGAAUAAUUGGAAGUAUAAUAAGUUUGGCUACCUCUAUUCCAGGUGCUAUAUCAGCUAUUUCUUCUUUGUUUAAGGGAUCUCCAAGUCCUUCUCCCCCCCAAUUUUUAGGUGAUGAAAAUUCUAAACUGCCUACUUACGAAGAAAGAAAAAGUGCAUAUAUAUCAUCUGCUCAGGUUAAGAAAGGUGGACCAUAUAAAAAUGAAAACAGAUACAUGUAUGACGAUAACUAUGACGAGGAUAAUGAUGAGUACGACGAUGACUAUAACGACGAAUAUGAAGACGAAUAUGAGGAUGAAUAUGGAUAUUAUUAA